UGCUAUAAUAUGCUUUUUUAAGCAUCACAACAAGCAAGAUGGGCACACUAAUGUUUGAUUUUUCUAUCAUUUCAUUUUGUUUUAGGAAUUAACCCGAAAGAGCAGAGAAAACGUUAUCAUUCACUACUGAGAUGGAUGUCAGCAGAGAAAGAGAGGACAUAGAGAGGGAGAGAGAGGUUUCCGUAAACUACUUGUGGCACGAUCAUCCGAUUCAGAUCCGAUCUAUCAGUAGCAGCGGCGGCGGCGGCGGCAACUGCUUUGUGUGCUCUGAACCUGUAAAUGGAUACAAUUACCGCUGUUCAUAUUGUGAUUUCUUUCUCCACAUCUCAUGUCUCUUCUUCCCUCUUGAAUCACUCCAUCCACUUCAUCCACAACAUCCUCUUUCUCUCCAAAUCAUCGGAUCUGAAGAAACCACCCCUCUUCAUUGCAAUCAAUGCAAACUCCUUUGCUCUCGACUCGCCUACCGUUGCAUCCCUUGCGGUUUCUCUCUUCACCUCCCAUGCGUCUCUCGCCGCGCAUUUGAUCUCAAGAUUCACAAGCAUCCUCUUUCCUGCUUUGCUUCUCCGCCUAAUCAGUCUUCUUCUUUCAUCUGUCACAUCUGUAGAGAACCCGGUUACAAAUUUAACUUGGCUUGUUUGUGCUGUCAUUUUGUUAUACACUUGGAGUGCGCUUCUUUCCCUGUAACCGUCCCCAUCGGACAACACAGACACCCGCUUUCCCUCACCUCCGUCUCCUCCGUCUUCGACGAUGAAUCGGGUGAGUUUUAUUGUGAUGACUGUGAAACAUCUGUGAACAUUAUAGGAUGUGUCUAUUUCUGUGCUGAGCCUGAUUGCGAGUAUAUGAUUCAUUUGGGCUGCCUGACCACUGGUCCGGACCCUGCCGAAGCGAAAAAGGAAACAACAAUAAUGAAAUCCAAACUUCAUAAAGGUAAGAUUAAAUACACGGGUUUAUCUGAAUCUAGACAGGAUGAAGAUGAGAAGCUGAUUUCCAUGAGGAACAGCUUGAGGUUGAUCGAAAUAAAUGAAGAAGACCCAUCAUCGGAAAUGGAAUCUGGUAAUGGAGAAAUUGAAAUUAAUCAUUUCAGUCAUCAACAACAUCCUCUAAUCCUGGGUUAUAAUAAGCAUGAUAGAGAAAGAGCAACAUGCUUCGGGUGCCUUGACAGAAUGAAAGCUGCAAUGGCCUAUACUUGCAACAACAUUAACAAUUGCUACUACUUCAGGGGUCUCCACAAAUGGUGCGGUGAUGUUCCGAUGCAAAUCCGGCACCCACUUCACCACGAACAUUCCCUCUCCCAACUCACAAGGGGAGCAUAUCGUAUGCAUCGAUGUAUUGCCUGCCACAACCGUCUAUUCCCUCACUAUUCCUCACUAUACAAUUGCAGCUUAUGCAACGUCAACAUCCACGUUAUGUGCGCCUCUAUUCCGAUCAAUCUGAAAAGCGAGAUUCACGAUCACCCUCUUCACCUCUGUCAGAAAAGCCCGAAAAGCUCAAGUAAUCAGAUCUGGUGCAUCGUCUGUGGGUUCGAAUGUCAAGGGGCUUAUUUCAUAUGUGAAUCAUGCGAAUUCGUGGUGGAUUUCUCGUGCGCUUUGUUGCCGAGGAAGGUGAAUAAUGAGUGUCAUGUGCAUCCUCUGACGCUAACAGACGUUCAGGCCAAUAGUGAUGAGACCGAAUUCAUCUGCACCGCUUGCGAGAAGCCGAGGAAUGGGUUUUCUUGGGUGUAUCACUGUGCAGACUGCGAAUACAGCGCUCAUACGAAUUGUAUCUUGAAUGAGGUGCCCGGAACCAAAAUGCGGCCCAUCGAUUUCGACCGCCACCAGCACCUUCUUAGUCUCAUUUCUUCAUCUUAUUUUCCUUCUUCAUCUUCAUUUGAUUAA